AUGCGCGAGACAGUCAGCGCCGCGGGCAGUGCAGGCCCCUCCCGUGGUGGCUACCGCCGCGCCAGGCGGAACAGCGGAGGGAAGGGCGCACGGGGGUUGCCCAUUCUCCGGCACGAGCUUGGGUUUGCCCCGUUUCCCCCGAGCCGCAGGCUUCUGGCCCAGAGCCGCCGCACGUCCCUUCCUGCCCGGCGCCUGCUCACUGCGCCCCGCACGCCCUUGCAGCGUCUCUCGCUCUCCCUUGCCGUCCGAUCGGAGGCUGAGCCGCCACGGCCCGUUUUCAGGAGCAGCUUUGCUCCCUCCGGCGUUGCUGUGUCGCGCGUGUUCCCGCGUGUGCUGGCGUCCACCGGGCUCACUGUCUCGUCGCGUUGCUUUUGUCAUCGACAACGGAGCUGCGGGGGGAGGGCCUGCGGGCCUUCCGUAUGGGCAGUGGGGGACGGGGGCCAGCGUUCCUGGUGCAGGCUGGUAGGGACCUCAGCCUGGCCCUUUCCUGGCGCUGACUCUGCCCUGGCCCCCGUGGAGCACCGGCAACAUCAGGGCGGCGUGCGGCCUCGUGGCUGCCCUGGGCUUCCGUGGCGGCAGGAUCUCUGGACCUCGUUCCUCCGGCACCUGACGUUGUCCCCGUCCCAGGGGGUCAGGAGCCCGCUGGUCUCCAGGGCUCCGUGCUGUGGGGUGACGCUCUCUCCUCCUGUUGCAGACUACGUCUAUUUCGAGAACUCCUCCAGCAACCCGUACCUGAUCCGCAGGAUCGAGGAGCUCAACAAGACGGCCAACGGCAACGUGGAGGCCAAGGUGGUGUGCUUCUACCGCAGACGCGACAUCUCCAGCACCCUCAUCGCCCUGGCAGACAAGCACGCCACCCUGUCCGUCUGCUACAAGACCGGACCGGGGGCCGACAACGGCGAGGAAGGAGAGCUCGAGGAGGAGAUGGAGAACCCUGAGAUGGUGGACCUGCCCGAGAAGCUGAAGCACCAGCUGCGGCACCGGGAGCUGUUCCUGUCCCGGCAGCUGGAGUCGCUGCCCGCCACGCACAUCAGAGGGAAGUGCAGCGUCACCCUGCUCAACGAGACCGAGUCCCUCAAGUCCUACUUGGAGCGGGAGGAUUUCUUCUUCUAUUCUCUAGUCUACGACCCCCAGCAGAAGACCCUGCUGGCCGAUAAGGGAGAGAUCCGCGUGGGAAACCGGUACCAGGCGGACAUCACCGACCUGCUGAAGGAAGGUGAGGAGGACGGCCGUGACCAGUCCAGACUGGAGACCAAGGUGUGGGAGGCGCACAACCCGCUCAUAGACAAGCAGAUCGACCAGUUCCUGGUGGUGGCCCGCUCCGUGGGCACCUUCGCGCGAGCCCUGGACUGCAGCAGCUCCGUCCGGCAGCCCAGCCUGCACAUGAGCGCCGCGGCCGCCUCCCGGGACAUCACUUUGUUCCAUGCCAUGGACACGCUGCACAAGAGUGUGUACGACGUCGCCAAGGCCAUCUCGGCGCUGGUGCCUCAGGGCGGGCCCGUGCUCUGCAGGGACGAGAUGGAGGAGUGGUCAGCCUCCGAGGCCAGCCUGUUCGAGGAGGCCUUGGAGAAGUACGGGAAAGACUUCACAGACAUCCAGCAAGACUUCCUGCCCUGGAAGUCCCUCACCAGCAUCAUCGAGUACUACUACAUGUGGAAGACCACGGACAGAUACGUGCAGCAGAAACGCUUGAAAGCAGCCGAGGCGGAGAGCAAGCUGAAGCAAGUCUAUAUCCCCAACUAUAACAAGCCAAACCCGAACCAGAUCAGCGCCGGUAGCGUCAAGGCAGGCGUGGUGAACGGCGCGGGGGCGCCGGGCCAGAGCCCUGGGGCCGGCCGAGCCUGUGAGAGCUGCUACACCGCCCAGUCUUACCAGUGGUAUUCUUGGGGUCCCCCUAACAUGCAGUGUCGCCUCUGCGCGUCUUGCUGGACGUACUGGAAGAAGUACGGUGGCUUGAAAAUGCCCACCCGCUUAGAUGGAGAGAGGCCAGGACCAAACCGCGGCAACAUGAGCCCCCACGGCAUCCCAGCCCGGAGCAGCGGGAGCCCCAAGUUUGCCAUGAAGACGAGACAGGCCUUCUACCUGCACACCACCAAGCUGACACGCAUCGCCCGCCGCCUGUGCAGAGAGAUCCUGCGCCCGUGGCACGCCGCCCGCCACCCCUACGUGCCCAUCAACAGCGCGGCUAUCAAGGCCGAGUGCACGGCCCGGCUGCCCGAAGCCUCCCAGAGCCCGCUGGUGCUGAAGCAGGCCGUGCGGAAGCCCCUGGAAGCCGUGCUCCGGUAUCUCGAGACCCAUCCCCGCCCCCCCAAGCCCGACCCUGUGAAGAGCGUAUCCGGUGUGCUUGGCGGGUUGACCCCUGCCAAGUCGGCCCCUGUCAUCAACAACGGCUCCCCCACCAUCCUGGGCAAGAGGAGCUACGAACAGCACAACGGUGUAGACGGCAGCAUGAAGAAGCGUCUCUUGAUGCCCAGUAGGGGCACUUACCUGGGUUUGGCGAACCACGGGCAAACCAGGCACAUGGGACCAAGCCGGAACCUCCUGCUCAACGGGAAGUCCUACCCCACCAAAGUGCGGCUGAUCCGGGGGGGCUCCCUGCCCCCCGUCAAGCGGCGGCGGAUGAACUGGAUUGACGCCCCUGACGAUGUCUUUUACAUGGCCACCGAGGAGACCAGGAAGGUCCGCAAGCUGCUGUCGUCCUCGGAGACCAAGCGCGCGGCCCGCAGGCCUUACAAGCCGGUUGCCCUGCGCCAGAGCCAGGCCCUGCCGCUGCGGCCGCCCCCGCCGGCCCCUGUCAACGACGAGCCCAUCGUCAUCGAGGACUAGGCGCCCCGCGGCCCCGCGAGGCCUCUGCGGCCACAGCCCCCGCCCGCCCACCCGCCAGCCCGCCGCCCGGUUUUGGUAGCCCCCUCCCGCCCCACCGCAGAGAAGCCGCUCCUUCGGGGACGCCGCGGGAAGAAGUGCCGUCUCGCUUAUUCCCCGAACGCCGAGGAGCCGUUUUUAGCUUUGUGUUUACUUUUUGGCCGGAGCGGAGCUGAGGGGCCGUCCCUGUACGCCUGCACCAGCUGCGGGCCUCGCGGGACGGCCGGGAGUCUCGUUGUGUUCUGUUGAAGGUGCCAUUUUAAAUUUUAUUUUUAUUACUUUUUUUGUAGAUGAACUUAAGCUCUGUAACUUACAUCUGGAAUGUUAGGAUCGGCCCGGCCAGUGGCCGGCCGAGCUGCCUGGUGGGGUUGGCCCCUGGUCUUUUCAAGUAAUUUUCAUAUUAAAAAAAAACAAAGAAAAAAAAACUCAUAAAAAGAAAAAAACCAA